UUGAUUAUAUUUAAAUAUAGUUGCUUUGUGUUAUUUAUAUUUUUAUGAAUACAAGGAUACACGUACAAUUAUGGUUUUAACUAAUUAGUAUUAAAAUUUAUUAGUGUUAUUAGGCAAAUAAUGCUAGGUUGUCUAUAAUAAUUAUUAUUAAUAAAAUUAAAUAAAAAACAAGGUAAGUGCAUUAGUAUGUAAUGUAAUAUAGUUGAGUAGAAUUCAUGAUUCAGUAGAAUAUCUGAAAUUCUGUUUAAAAAAUAUGUCUAUUUUACAAAUAAUAAUAAGUCUGUGUGAAUUGAAUGGGAAAGGUCUUUAUUUUAUGUAGCCAAAGAUAAAGAUAUGACUUUGAGUAUGUUUUCUUAGUUCAUAGUGUACUAAACAUUAAGAAUUACACUGUACAUGUACAUGAAUCAUACGUAUGCUGUUAGCCAAGGGCAAGGUUAUUACAAUUCAGAUAUUACUGCUAAUGAUGUGUUUUGCAUGAAUGAAAGUUAACUUUUCUAUGAAGAAUUGUUCCUAAAAAAUUGUGUGCUAUUUUUUUUUAUCCUCCAUGAAAUUUGAAUAGACUUGUUGGUUAAGUAGCUGCAUCUCUUAUCUAGAGAUAAUUACAAUCCAAUAAUUUUCACCAUCAACGAGAAUCGUGUCUUCCAACUUGUUCUGAACUUGAAACAUUUGAUGCCUCACAUAAUUAUCUCUGUCUGCACCAUAAAUUUAAAAAAAUCGUCAUAUGUUUGAUAAUUUCAACCCACAAAAAGAACCUCAAUUAUCUGGUUUCCGUGCUAUAGAAAGUACCAUAAAAUGUUGAAUAAGUGCUCAUCAUCGUCCUCAUGAGUUUAGCUGAAUGUGCCCAGCAAGCAGUAUCAAUCCAUGCUCUUAUAAUGGUUUUAGUCAACUUUUUUAAUAAAUCAAUUAUUUUGUUUGUGGAUGAUUCUUCAGGUUUAGGGGAACCUUAAUUCAUUAUACUAGAAUGUACAGUUUUCCCUUCUCCUAACUUUAAAUGAUUAAAUCACAACAUAUUUUAGUAAGCAUCAUUUUAAAGCUUCCACAAAACUUUAAGGUUUAGGGAAACUAAACCCAAUUUGGACCAUUUGUUUCUUAUGUGUGCAAAAAUAUUUUAUUUUUAAGGAAUACAAAUUCUUUAUAUUAUCACUUUAAAUUGUAUUAGGAUAAUCUUAGUAGAGUACCAUGUCAUAUUUGUUCAGUUUGAGCCGAACUUGGAACUCAAUUUUAAAUUGGCCAUAAAUUACCAUUAAAAAAGAUUUUGAACAAAGUAUUAAAAUUUAAUACUGUGAAAAGACCAACUAAAAAUUGAACAUGACUCAGAACAGUUGUCUGGUUACUUUAAAAUAUGUUUAAUAGGGGUUUAAUAGAAAUUAAAUAAAUAAACAAAUACAAAAAUAAUGUUAAAAGUAUAGAUUCCUGAUUGCUACAAGUAAACACGUGGUCUGAUGAAUUUGGCAAUGAUUUCUAUAUAAAAUUAUCAUAUAUGAGUUUUGAGGAUUUUUUUACUUAAAACAAUUUCAUUUUAAGGCUCUCUGAGUUUACAAACAUUAAAUAUGCACUGUAUCUAUGCGAGCGUACGUAUUGAAGUUCCUGAUAAACUUAAAUCCUCAUAACCCAAAUACUGUUUUACUAUAACCCACUGUCCUCUACAGAUCUAUAUGACUUUGACCCGACCCUCAUUGUCUUCCUUCCUCAUAACACCUUUCACAGUGUGCCGCCGAGUUGAUCCACCCUGCAUUCCACAACCUCUGUGUUUCACCUGCUCACAGUCGCCAUCUCCCUUGUCGAGUGGCCGAGUCACAUCGCAGAAUCUCGAGUUCAGUGGUGAUUCUGUAAUACGUUGGAAGAAAAGCCAUUCAGGUGCGAUGGUUGUGGACGCAGCUACGCAGUGUUGUACUGCUUGCAAAGACACCAGCGCUAUGAGUGCGCGGCUACCGCUACAGCCCAGCGUCAGUUCACGUGUCACCUGUGCAGCCGCAGGUUCAACCGAGCAGACAUCCUCAGAGUGCAUAUCAACCGGCACAGCAGCCGCCUACAGAGCUAGGUCAGACGUACUGAUCCCGGUGGCAUACACUCAACUGUUAUUUGUAUUUAAAUCUAUGAAGAAAAAUUUGUUUUUUGUAAUUGUUUAUUGUACGUUUUCUCAGGAAGGAUAAAAAGGGAAGGUACAUUUUCUGACGUAUAUUUUGUAUAAGAAUACAAAUGUACAAUUUUUUUUCAAAACCUAUAAUUGAUGAUUAAAAGGAUGACAUAAAUGUUAUGGACAUUUGUCAACGUUUAGUUAUCAAAAGUAACUAAAAGCUUUUGUGUUUCAAUAAUUUUUCUGAAACAACAAUGGCAUAUGUCAAUAAAAAUAUGCCAAUUUAUUUUUUUUUCUCAGUAGCAUAUUAAAUCAUAAGUUUGUUUUUUUGCGAAAUUCCGAGAUUUAAUACCUCAUAUGACAUUCUGAAGUGAUAUGACUCUUUGUUGUAACGUUGUAUUUAUAAAAAAUGUUCGGUUAUUUUUUUUUUGUGAAUUAAAGUUGUACUAAAUUUACUUUGUUGAAAAUUAAAACAUGUUUAUUUUUGUAGAAAUGUGUAGGUGUAUUAUGUGAUAUCCUGUUAUUUCCAUUAAAAUGCCUUAUUAAUGUUUUGUUUACCAUCUCAUUCCAAUAAAAUAUGUCAUAGUUAGGAAUAUUGUAUUUUUAUUUGUGUUUAUAAAUACAAUGAUUUGGACCUAUACAUUUUUGGUCAGUUUUAUUUGAAUAAAUCAGUCUGCCUUUACAUAAAUGUGCAUAAUAUUUAUUUUUAUAUACUGUAUAUAUAAUAAAUAAACUAUUUUGAUAUUU